GCGGGGUGCGGAACAACAACCAGUUCGCCCCGCAUUCGCGUGGAGUUCGCACGUGCCGUCAGUUUCUCCGUUUAUCCAACUGUUACGCUAAAACUAUAUCAAAAUGAACAGUUUUAACGAAUCAUUAAUCGAAGCAGUGCGAGAAAGACCAUUUUUGUACGAUUCAAGGCAUAGUGAUUAUAAAAAUCCGCACAGAAAGGCCGCAGCUUGGACAGAAAUUAUGUGCGAAAUCGGGGGUGAUAGUGAUGAGGCGAUAAAAGAAAGAUGGAAAAACCUACGCGACACUUACGUAAAACACAAAAAGUCCGUCAACAACCCUAACAUCAAGUGUGCAAAUAAUUUAAAAAACUGGAUCUGGGCCUCACAAAUGGAGUUCCUUGACGAUUAUUUAAAUAUAAGAACUGCAGAAACUGACCCGCUUUUGCAAGAAGUUACCAGAAGGAAAAAGAGGAAAAUAAGAGAAAAUAGACACGAGUCUACGGUGAAAACUAUUGAAUUCACGUCGUUCAAAUCGCCUAAAAAAACUUCCACAGAAGAGCUAGAUAAAAUAGACUAUCUCUUCUUAAACUAUGCAGACACAUUUAAACGUUUACCAGUCAGAAGGCAAGCAGUAAUUAAGUUGGAAUUGGCCAAAUUGUUCACAGAGGCAGAACUGGCGAGCUUAGACGAUGAAGAGGCUCUUUCAAAAAGUUCAAUCUCAAUUGUUUCAUUUGAUAAUGACACGAAGAAUGGUGGAUGAAGUUUAAAAUAAUUAUAAGAAUAUUAUACAUAUGCCCACUAAAGCAAGAAGUUAAAAAGAUGAAAAUUAAGGAUCUUAAGAUAUAUGUUAUGGAUUUUUUUUCAUGAAAAUAAGGGACGAGACGAGCAGGACGUUCAGCUGAUGGUAAUUAAUACGCCCUACCCAUUACAAUGCAGUGCCGCUCAGGAUUCUUGAAAAACCCAAAAAUUCUGCGCGGGACUACAAUUGCGCUCGUCACCUUGAGACAUAAGUGCCAAGUCUCAGUUGACCGAAACACAGUCAAGUAGUGUUUACACAUUACUGCUUCUCGGCAGAAAUAGGCGCCGUUGUGGUACCCACAUUCUAGCCGGUGUCGUGUGCAAAGAAGCCUCCUACUAGUGGACUUUUGAAAAUGAAAUCGAAGAGAGCUUUAAUAAUAUUACUAAGUCACCUUGAGAAGACUCCUAAUAUAGUAUUCUUAUUGUUAUUAUAUAUUGUUAUUAAUCCAUUGUUAAAACAAGGAAGCUAAAAACUUCUUAUCUGAAAAAAAAUUUUCCAAGAAUACAGGCUAUCGGUAAGAAAUAAGGACUCCCUGUCACCCUACAUAACAGUGAGGCACCUAAAAAAGCCGGUAAACGUGUAAAUACAUAGCCCCACGCAUACACUUACACUAAUACAAGCCGAUCGGCCGCCAUUAUGAGUUUUACCAUCGUCUGUGACAGAUCAGUUUGCGUUGUAAUUAAAUAUUUUAAAAUUGCCGUCGUGGGUUGUGUAAAAGUGUAAAAACAAUAAUAUAAAAGUAUUUGUGGAUAUAUGAUUAUUUAAGGGAGAAAAAUUGUGUAACUGGUAUACCCCGUAACCGCACACACACUAGCAUAAAGGUGCUUCACUUGGUAACGUUAACGGCGCAAAAAGUCCUUUGUUUACUAGUCCGUAGCUAUCGGUAGCAAAACUAAGCUACCAAAAUUCUUUAUAAUGGCAGAGCCCAUGUGUUUGGACGAUAACGAAUCGUCGAGGAUAAAGUUGUCAAUGAUAUCACAUUAAAAUAAGACAAUUUGUUA